AGGAACAAUCCGAGCGACAGUCCGACACGAGCGUUCGCGUGGUACGUGACCGUCGCGUGUGUACCCUCGUCGCGUACGCGUAACUCCGACUCCCCCGGAACGAUCGGCAUACGGCAAUCAAUCGUUCGAUCGCUCACCGUGCUCCGCGGAGUCGAGACCGUCGAGAGCGAGUCGGAUCAGCGGCGGCCGUGCGGCGUGCGCGGUCCCAGUUGUCUACGCGAUCGCGUCGAUCGAUCUCCCCGUAAUAGCGGUCGGUCGGUCUCGGUGGCUCCCGGUUUAGCGCGUCGACCGACGAAAUCGAGAGUCGCGCGCGGACCCCCGUCCGGAGAGCAACGCCGUCAGAAGCGGAGGAGUCACGCGCGGUCACGCUGACGGUUAACGACGGUUUCGCCAUUCGAAAAAGGGGAACCCGGGACACCCUCCGCGAUCGUGUUUGUAGAUCGGAUCGGCAAGCUUUCCACUACGUUUCGGCGUCGUCGCCCGAACACGAGUGUUUACACUGUUUACGUACUAACGAUGCUCCAGUGCUCCAGUCGCGCGACGUGAAUCCAGUGCUCCCGGCGCGGUGAGACGGUGAUCGGCGUUUGAUCGACCCAGCGGCGAUAUGUGAUGCUACGACGACUACAAUGAACGUACCGAUCGUGGCAGGGGACGUCGUCGACGAUGGCGGCUUCGAUCGGCCGCGAUUCGUUCGGGGUUCGGAUCCGAGGGUAGCGACCUGCAGAGGAAAGCUGCAGAACAAGCGAAGUAAGCUCAACCAGGAGAUCAACAAGGAGCUGCGGCUACGAGCGGGCGCUGAGAAUCUCUUUAAGGCGACGACCAACAGAAAAUUAAAGGAGACCGUCGCCUUGGAGCUAAGCUUCGUCAACUCGAACUUACAGCUGCUGAAGGAACAGCUCGCCGAGUUGAAUAGCUCGGUGGAGCUGUAUCAGAAUGUCGAUGGUGAUGAGCCCGUUAUGCCGAUGAUACCAUUGGGACUCAAGGAGACCAAAGAUAUUGACUUUCGGGAUCCGUUCAAGGACUUCAUCUUGGAACACUAUAGCGAGGAUGGGGAAAACUACGAAGAAGCUAUAGCUGACCUGAUGGAAACCAGGCAGGCUACGAGGACACCGACCAGAGAUUCGGCGGGCAUCGCGUUACUCCUGCGUUAUUACAAUCAGCUCUAUUUCAUAGAGAGGCGUUUCUUUCCGCCCGACAGAAGCCUUGGCAUUUAUUUCGAAUGGUUCGAUUCGUUGACAGGAGUACCGAGUUGCCAGCGAACGGUCGCCUUCGAGAAGGCGUCUAUUCUCUUCAAUGCUGGCGCACUUUAUACGCAGUUGGCUGCCAAACAGGAUCGUUUGACCGCUCGAGGACUCGACCAAGCGGUCGACGCUUUUCUCAGAGCGGCUGGCACCUUCCGAUAUAUCCACGAGAACUUUACAAACGCACCAAGUAUGGAUCUGGGACCGGAUAUGCUUGAAAUGCUGGUGCAAUUAAUGCUCGCUCAGGCAAGGGAGUGCCUCUUCGAAAAGCUGGAGCUACAAUCGAAGGAUGGCAGAAACGUCGAUGUUUGCUUAGAUCUUGCUCAAGAGGCAGCACAGGUUGCGGCGAUAUACAAUGAUGUCCAUGGAUUGAUAUCGCGCGAGCCGGUUCGUGACUACGUCCCAGAGACGUGGAUCUCGUUGAUACUGGUGAAGCGCGAACACCAUCUUGCCCUCGCUCACAAGCACCUCGCGGUCGGUCUGCUGGACAGACCGAUCGCUGAGUUUCGUGUGGAAACGAGGCUCACAUUGGAGCACAUCCAAAAGAGCGACGGGAAAACUCAGUUGGACGCGACCGUUCCCAGAGAUGACAAUGAAAGGAAAUUAUUGGGCAAGGCACAUCUCAGAGAAGCUCUCGUUUUACACGACGAGAGUCAACGACUUCAGAGAAUGUGCCGUGAUCUGAAGGGUAAAAAAGCGCUAGCGAGGGUCCUGAAGAAAGCGCAAGAAGCGACGCUCGAUAGCUACAAUAGAUUCGGUAGCGAGGAUGAUUUUCGAGAACUUUUGGAUCCACCGGAUAUUAUCGCCUCCACGAAAUUUCAACUUAGCAUUACUCAUCCGGAUUUCGGGCAGCACGGGGUGGAUGAUCUUUUCAAGUCGUUGGGACCCGUAGCGAUAUUUUCCGCCAAACGACACUGGACCGCGCCGCGAUUGGUGCAGCUUCAAAGAGGUCCUGACGGCGAAGGUUUCGGAUUUAGCGUACGCGGCGACGCUCCGGUAAUAAUAGCCGCCGUCGAUCACAAUUCGCUAGCUGAUGUGGGCGGGAUGAAGGAAGGAGACUUUAUAGUCGGUAUCGGCGACAAGGACGUCAAGUGGGCGUCCCACGAGCAAGUCGUGCGGAUGAUAAAGCAAUGCGGUGACUUUAUAAAUUUGAAGUUAGUCACCCCAAUGGAUAGGAAUUAUCUAAAGAAACCAGGGAAACCCAACAAUCACCACGAUAAAGGCAGUGUCUCGGCGAGCAGCUCUUCUGGAGUUUCUUCCGGCCAGCCAAGCCCGGCGGGAUCCGUCACUACGGCGCACGUAGUCAGAAGGCUUCCAUGGAAUCCAUUUAAAAAAUCCGGCGUUCAACGCGAGAACCGAGAUCUAACUUUCGAUAACGUUAUUCUUAGAUGAUUGCCGGAUUAGAAAUGGUCCAACUAUCGUACGUUGUCGUACGAGCUUAGAAUGUGCCGCGAUGAGUUGCUCGACUCAUGAAAUAAAACUUGUAAAAAUUGAUUAUUGAUUGCCAAAAUUGAAUGUUAUUUGGCAGAAAUAACAAUUCGCCAUUUGAAAAUUUUAUACUAAUAUCGUUAAACACGAUGAAUAUAUUUUUGUAAAUAUAUGACAUGAUCUUUGCAGUUAAUUCGUUGCGCGAACAACGAUCGAAAGUUUUUGUAUACCGCUAAAUAUCGGACGCGUUUAGACUUUUUCUAUUUAUUUGCUAACAAAGUUCUGUUUUGGUAACUCAUUAUUAUUAUUGCUAAACAAAUUAUACCCCGAUCUUCAAUGAGUUUGUAAUUACUUCAACAUAGUUUUGAUAAAAUGAAAAUUUAUUACCGAUAUUUUUACGAAUAGCAGUGCCAACGCAGGCGUACUUAUAGUAUAAGUUUAAGAAGAUCGCCCAUUAUCGCGUAUUUCGGUGGGCACACGAUUUACGACUGAUUUAAGCUAUGUACGAUUACACACUUUUUGUCAUACCGUUUAUACGAAUUCGUUUACAACGGUGAACUGAAUCGACGAAGGGAUAAACGUAUUGACAAAUAGUCGUAUAGCGACACGAGACGUAACGAGCUCCGCGAUUGUCGCGCUUUGUACUUAAGCUUUCUUGUUAAAUCGUUAAGCGAAUUAAUAUAAAUCGGAUUUUUACGCGAGCGUACUCGCGCUCGUGUGCAUCUGUACAUUUAUACAUAGAUAUAGCAUCGGUAGAGGCGUGUACACAGCUUUUUAUUUUAUAUAUAUAUAUAUAAAUAUAUGUAUAUCCGUAAGAAAUUAUAUCGCAUUCCAUCCAGAAACGAUUUUUAUUUU